AUGACAGAUAUGCAAUCUACAAUUAUUUCGUUAAGAGAAUUAAAUACCAAGCUUACAUUCGAAAUUAGUGAGCUUAGAAAGAAGUGCGCCAAUCUUGAAUCCGAGAAUACAAAAUUAAAACAAGACAAAGAAGAGGUUGAAGCCAGAUUCUUGAAUUUAGAGCAGAGAGAUAGAGAAAAAACUGACCUUAUUGCUAAACUGAAACACGAUGUCUCGCUAAUUAAGGAACAGAACUCGCAAAACAGUAAUAGGUACAUCCCUGAACAGAUAGUCCUCUCUAAAAGUAAUGUUAUAAGCCAAUGUAUCGCCCAUGCCAGCUCUACUGGUACUAGUUCCAAAUUGUUAGAGGAUGAUAUCCCCACAUCUAAUAUAUCUGAUAACACAUCUAGCGACAAAGUGACUACCUCCGGCAACUCUGAUAUAUAUCAGGAUUCGUCAACCCCCACGUCUCCCAUUCCUGCAAAAACUAUAUUAUUGGAAGAGAAGGAAGAAAAUGAAUUUAUGAAUUUGCAGUAUAAGGAACAAGUUAGUAAAGAGAUAAUGGAGAGAAUUAGGGAAAUGAAACUUCGGGAUCAAGAGACGCCCUUGACUCCUGAGAAUAAUACACCUAAUAUUCCACGUGAGCAAGGUUUAAUACAAGAAAUAUCAACAUCUAUCAAGCAACAAACACAAAGUAUCCCUUCUCCUGAAAUAAAUAAUACGAUCAAAAUUUCAGCGAACAAUGUUCGUCCAAAUUGUGACAAUUCCGGAAUAACACAAGACUCAGAGACCCAAGAUAUUAUCUGUCUAUAUCAAAAUGCGUGCGAUGCAGAAAAAGACGCAAUCGAAGCUAAUCGAAAAGAAAUUUUGUGUUGGUGUUUCUAUGCUAAAAGAUUCAAAAGCAUGGUUAAAGAUUUUAUGAUCAAUGAUGGAAUUGGUGAGAAAAAAUCAAAGGGUCGAGUAUACGAUUUUAUUAUCAAGCAACUCCCUGCUACCAAGC